AUGCCUGCCACCUUCUCCGGGCGGUGCCUGCUGCUGCUGCUCUGCUCCAGCCUCUCGGGUGGGAACCCUGCAAAUCCACCUAUGACAACACAAGAUUCCAGUCAGACUCAGGUGAAUUCUGUGACUAAGAUGCAAGCUGGACAUGAGUCAUCUGGUCCAGAUGUUGCCAUACAAGAGCUCAAGCCAGCAAGCAAGGAUAGCUCGCAAAAUAUCUCAGAGCAUGAGAUAGUCCUAACUGGUGAGUCAGGUGCUUCACUGGAAAAAAAUAUCUAUUUGCCCAGUCCAGCUAAAGUUGAACUUACAUGUAAAUUAGAUGAGAAUUCUAAUUUGAAAAAUCCUCAAGUGACUUGGAAAAGGGGAAGUGAAACUAUCAGUCACACCAGUAAAACUCAGAACAGCUGGACCAUCCAAGUGACUGUCUCAGACAGCAGUCAGCUGGGAAGUUACACUUGUAUUCUGAAAACUGAAAAAGAAAUCAGUGCUACAUUUCAUUUGCAAGUACCAAAGCUUGAAGGAAGAGAAAAAUCUGUAAUCACUUAUGAAAGAGAUGUGGCUGUAAUGGUUUGUAAAACUGUGUAUAAUCCCAAAGCCUGGACCUGGUAUAUGACCAAUGGAACUGAGCUGGUUCCCAUUGAUAGGAUUUUGCAUACAGAAAAGUUUCAAAUUAAGAGACCAUCUGCCAAUGUAAACCGUCUGGAGAUAUUCAAGCUCACCCAGGAAGAUCAUGGUGUAUAUUGGUGUGAAGCUGCUUUUGAAUUAGGGAACAGUCAACAGAGGUUUGAACUUAGAGUUCUGUCCAUCGCAGCACCGCUCAAACCCUUUAUAGCAAUUGUGGCUGAAGUUGCUGUUCUUCUAACUACUAUUGUCCUCUAUGAGGUGUAUUCGAAAAAGAAAGGAACAGGAGGCAAAAAAGAGUUUGACCAAAUUGAGCAACUCUCCCUGAAAAAAGAUUGUAACAAGGUGGGUAUCAGUCUGUUCUUCAAAGUAACAAAUGAUGAAACCGGAGGAAAUGGCCUCGAGUUGUAUUGGGGAGGUUUAGAUUGGAUAUUAGGAAAGCUUUCUUCAGGUCAGGCAUUGGAAGAGGUUGCUCAGGGAAGUGGUGGAAUCCUCAAUCCUGGGCAUGCUCAGAAGAUGUGUGAAUGUGGAACUUAG